UAAUACUUCACUUGAUCAAUUCUCUACUCCUCUCUUGGCAUAUUAAACAUUACAUUACUCUUGUAAGAUGAAGCUACUUCUUACAACUCUGCUUUUGCUCACUCUUGUUCUUACCCCUUCUUUUAUCCAAACCACUAUGGCUGGUUCAAGUUAUUGUGAUUCAAAGUGCAAGUUGAGAUGUGCAAAGGCAGGAGUUAUGGACAGAUGUUUGAAGUAUUGUGGAAUUUGUUGCGAAGAAUGCAAGUGUGUGCCUUCUGGAACUUAUGGUAACAAACACGAGUGUCCUUGUUACAGGGACAAGAAAAAUAAUAAGGGCAAGCCUAAAUGCCCUUGAAUUUCACUGUUCUUUUUACCAAGUCUCAUAUAUAUAAUGCAGAAAUCCCAGUGGUCCAUUCCUCUUUAAAUAUCAGUGUUUUCUAGGUAUGUUAGUCAUAUAUUGUGUGAAGAUUAAUAAAUGGGGGCUCUUUUGAGCUCUCUUAUGUAUUUUGCUGCUCUGUUCCAUCAAUAAGUUGGUCAUUUUUACAUUUUAAA